GAAGAGGGCGCGCGAAUGUUGAGGCCCCUCAAGAAGCCGCUACCUAGAAACGAGCAAGCGGACGAGGCGGCUUACUUAGCGCAGUUAGCCGCCCAGAGGAACGCCAGCGCUUUCUUCGAGAAAUACGAGAGGAGUGAACUCCAGGAGUUGCUCACCACUUCUUUCUGCAGUUGGUUGGCCUCCAAAGAUGACCUCCGCCACCCCAUGGAGCUCCCCAGUGGGCUCAUGUCUCAGAUGAGAAGCAUAACUUACCCCAACGUGAUCCUGCUCACGCCGGUGGAGCCGGGAAUCGAUCUGGACGCUAAGGAGAUCCACCAGAUUGUCCGGGAGUUGGCCGUCGGGGUUUAUUGUCUGAACCAAAUCCCCUCCAUUAGUUUAGACGCCAAUUACGACCAGAGCACUUCUUGUUCGCUUCCUCCGGCGUACUACGAUACGAGAAUCGGUCAGAUGUUGAUCAGCGUCGACUACAUGCUGAAGGCCUUGUGGCACGGGGCGUACAUGCCGAAAGAGAAACGCGUGAGAUUCUCAGAACUGUGGCGUUCGAGCAUGGACAUUGAUGUCGACGGGGCCCCCCAGACUGAGAAAACGGCCUGUGCAGAGUUUUGUUCAGCAGGACUAAUUGAUAUUUCGAGAGACCCAGAUUUUAAAGGGAUCUACGAUGAAAACUUUAACGAAGAUCCAACAUACGAGCCAGACAGCGCGGAGGAAAAAGACUUCUUCAUGCAGUUUGCGGACUACAUCUUGCUGCAACUAGCUUUUGCCACAGUGGAGGUUCAACAAACCGACAACGUGUUCAAAUUUGAGGCGGCGUAUACCCUUACAAAUGCCAUUCGGAUGACCAAUGACCGCUUGGACACCACCGGGUACCAGAGGCUGCAGCAGCGGCUAGUGCUCCAGCAAAAGCUGAUCAAGAAAUACCUCGAACGGAAAGCAGACAUCCGGAAAAACAUCGCGUACCUCAAACUGAUGAGCUUUCUCAUUCCGUUUAUGACCACCUUGAAAAGAAAAAACAAAAUCCCCAAUCUAAAUCGACUUCUUCAGCCGUACUCAGAUGACAAAGUCAAAACUGAACGUGAACUUCCCCCGUUUUUGCUCGGGUCAGAUUUUAAGUGCCAGCACUUCACGUAUGCUCAGAACCAAUAUUUCCAUCUCCACGGUGGCAUUGAAUUUGAUGUUGGCACACCUCCCCUGGAAGAUAUCUCCGAUGAGAUCAAGGCUGCCUAUGAUGAUAUGUAUUUAUGCGCCACAAAGCAUCUUACUCAGCUGCUGGACCCGGACGUGCCCUAUAGAGAACAUUAUCCAAUCCCGGUGAUGGAUUUUGAAGCGGCAGGAGGGGGCAAAAAAACACCAGAGGUAACAAAUCAAGAGGCUAUUGAAAAACUACAGAGCAUGGUGAUGGAGGGUUUCAAGCAAAACCAAGAGGCACUAGAAAAUAUGAAAACCGACUUAAUGGGACAGAUAACGAAAACGAACAAACAACUUGAAGAAUUCCAAAAACAAUUAUUAGGGAAUACCCAACAGAUUCACUGCCUGACUGCUAAGGUAGAUAAAAUUGCGGAAAAAGAGAAAGAAGUAUUUAAUAUUGCGAGAGGAAACAAAGAAAGUGUGGCUCAACUUGAGGAAAGGGUAAUAAAACUUGAGAUGGAGAAGGCAGCGUAUAUAUUACGCUUUCAAAAUUUGCCAGAAGAAAAAGGUGAAAAAUUAUUAGAGAAGAUUGUGGAAUUGUUGACUUUUGAAGAUGAAGAGUGGUUGGAAGAAGGAAGGAGAGAUAUUGAGUGGGUGAAAAGAGUCUCCUCCAAUUACACGAGGAAGUAUAAAUUGGCAAGAGAAGUACAAGUUAAAUUUACUCGUCUUGCAACAUGUGAAAGAAUCCUUAAAAAAACUAAAGAUCAGGAACUGAAGUGGAAGGAGACUAAUAUCAAGGUGCUGAAGGAAGUUCCCUGGGAAGUUCGGCAACGCAGAGCCAAAUAUCGAAAAUUAGCAACGUGGCUGACGCGACACUCAGUGCAAUUCAAAUGGUUGGUGCCGGAAGGGAUGUUCUUUACAUACCACACAAAAAGACAGAAUAUAACCUCACUGGAAAAACUAGAGGAAUUCUGGGACCAGUAUGUAGACCCAAGCAGCCGGGAAUCCGAAACGGGGGACGAGCAAGAAGACCAAGAAGAAGAAGAGGUCUCAAGUAAAGCCGAAGAGGGAAUUGGGCAGAAGUUUCAGAACAAAGGAAUAAAGACAAGGACGCAAACCAAAAAAAGCAUGUCUUUUGGAAUGAGAGCCGCAGCCGAGAGAGGGCUAGCCGCCAUUUUCCUCACCUUCUGUCGUAAGACAUCCAUCUCCAGUCUUGCACUAACAGAUGAUCACGGUUUUGCUCUGAUACACCAUGCUGCUAUCCACAACCGCGUGUCCAUCAUCUGCCAGCUGUUGAAAUCCAGUCUGACCAUCAAUCAGAAACGCCACAUACCGUAUAGCCAAGGUCCCACCGCUUUGCACUUUGCAGCCCAGUCUGGCUCUCUUGAGUCUCUUCAUUUCCUCCUGGCUCUCAAGGCCGAUUACAGGAUGCCUGACAAUCGAGGGUGGAUGCCCAUUCAUUUUGCCGCCUAUUACGACAACAUUGCCUGCUUCACCAUUCUGUACCGGAAGAGCCCGGAUCUUCUCGAGGCGGAGACUCGGGCAGAGAGUCGCUCCACCCCGCUUUUGCUUGCAGCUGCAUCCGGAGCCUUAGACACGAUUCAAUACUUGUUUUCUCUCAACGUCAACUGGCUCAAGAAAGAUAGCGAAGGAAAUAACAUGAUUCAUUUGGCGGUGCUGAAUUUUCAUACCGAAGUUCUGAAACAUCUGAUUGAACUGGAUGUCCCUGAUCUCCCAGUAUGGACAACUCUUGUUGGAAUGCUAGACUGUGCCGAACAUUCGAGGAGAGAAAUGGCGGUACGGUGUUUAGAAGUUCUUUGUCUUGCCAAAGAUCACUACUGGAAAUUCAUUUUGGAUGCAGGGACCAUCCCCUCCCUCAUCAACGUGUUGAAAAGCCAGUCCGUCAAGCUAGAGUGCAUCACUGUGGGGGUGCUGAGCAACAUCACGACCCACAAUUCCAUCGCCAGAGCCUUCGUCGAGGCUGGAGGCGUUGCGGUGCUGAUUAAGCUGUUGGCCAGCGACGAACCGGAGCUGUUAUCCCGUUGCGCAGUCAUUUUGUAUGACCUGGCUCAGUUGGAUAAUAAUCAAAUGGUCAUUGCUGAACUGGAUGGCAUUCCCGCCCUCGUCAACCUGUUGCGCCUGGACAUUGAAGAUCUGCUCGUGAAUGUCAUCAACUGCAUCCGGGUGUUGUGCAUGCACAACAAAGAGAAUCAGCUGAGAGUGAGAGAAUGCCGGGGCAUCAGACUGCUGGUUCAGUUCUUGACGUCAGACUCGGAUGUGCUGCUGGCGGUGGCUUCCGCCGCCCUCGCAGAACUCGCGCGGGGAAACAAGAAGAUGCAGAACGCCAUCGUGGAAGCGCACGUGAUCGGCCCCCUGGUCGAGCUGCUCCGGGUUAGGAAAAUCAGCGUGCAGGUGAAAGGCGCCAUGGCCAUCCAGACGCUCUGCGAAAAGAACACUGGCAUCCAGAUGAGGUUUCUGGCCAAGUCCGUGACCAAGUUCCUUUUGAAGCUCCUGAAGGCUUUUCAGUUGAAAGUUAAAGAGCAAGGUGCCGUAACUCUCUGGGCGCUGGCAGGGCAAACCUUGAAGCAGCAGAAGUACAUGGCUGAGCAAAUUGGAUACAACCUCAUUAUAGAUAUGCUUCUCUCGCCCUCAGAUAAAAUGCAGUGUGUCGGAGGUGAAGCCGUCAUCGCUCUUAGCAAGGACAGCCAAAUGCAUCAAAACCAGAUAUGCAAAGGAAAUGGGAUUGCCCCAUUAGUUCGGCUGCUGAGGAGCUCGAGGAUAGCAGAGGGAACUUUGCUUAGCAUCAUCCGAGCACUGGGGACCAUAUGUGUGGGAGAAGCGAUCAUCAACAAUCCGAUCAGUCAAGAGAACGUGGUGGAUGAAGGGGCCUUGCCCAUACUGGUGAAUUUACUUCAGACUCAUCACUCUCUUCAGAUAAAGGUUGAAGUUGCCGUUUCGUUGGCUUGUAUUGUCUUAAAGAACAGCCGCCUGCAGACCAUAUUGCAAGACCAGGAGGGUUUCUGUUAUUCAAAUGUCCUUCAUCUUCUUUAUUCAAGAGACAAGGAUAUCCGUUUGCGGGCUGGCUACGCCGUCGCUCUUUAUGCUUAUAAUAACCCCACCCAGCAGUUAUUGAUACUGGAGACCGGUCCAAUAUCACUGUCUGUAUUUGAACCUUUUCUGGAAUCACCAGUAGAGACAGAGAAAGCGAUGGCUGCUUUUCAGAUCGUGGUCCUGGCUAGAAUUAUUGUCGAUAAGGACCAGGUGAGCUUGUCUGCCCGAGGAGUCUCUAUUCUGGUGGACCUCCUGUGUUCAGAAGAGGCCGGUACUCUGGUGUUGACGGGGAAGUUGCUGGCUAGUCUAGCGCACACAAGAGCAGGUAUUCCUGAAGCCAUUACGACCCUGGGGACUGUGCAGCGUCUGUGUUAUCAUUUGUAUGCAAAGGAAGAAGAGGUUUGCAUAUCCAUGGCGUGUGCACUUGGGUACUUGACGUAUAACCGGACAGCCUACCGCCACCUGUUAGUGCAAUGCCGGAAUAAGCCCAGGCUCUUCAAGAGACUGAUAAAGAAUCUCAGCAGAGACGCAAGGAUAAACCCAGACUUUGUGAGAGAAUUCAGAAGGCAGAAAAAAGUUGGUCUUCCGUCUCUCAGUUUGGAGAUAAACGGGGGCCCACCUGCUGUUCCGGUGCACAUACGAGAUAAAUCACGGGACGAGGAUGCCAAAAUUUACAAAUCCAGGUUUCAUCCAAAGGAUUCCCUCUUUUUAGUCCCCACGAGCAGUCACCUCAUGGGAAGAUUCCGGACUUCAGAGAAGCCUCGAGCUCCCACCGUAGGGCACUAUCAAAUGCCGCAUACCACCCCCUCCGACCUCAUUCAGGUCAUACGGCCCCGAAUUGUAAAUAGCAGCGCCCUCCAGUGCCACAUGUCUGGGAAGAAACCUUAA